UUCAAAGGUUUUAAAGUCGGUGUUCUAGAUAUAUACUGGUUCAUAAAAGAAAUAGAAGACCUAUAACUAAGUUUCAUCUGAUUUUUUAGUUCAUCUCGUUAUCAUUUCUCAUAGAUAUCAUAUAAUUUGCAUACACAUACAUACUACAUUCAUUUCUACAUUUCAUUCAUUUAAAUUCAUAUUUAUUUAUUAAUUUUUCAUUUACACAUACACAUUCAUUCACAUCAUGUCUGACGAAGUUAUUUGGCAAGUGAUAAACCAUCAAUUCUGUGCUUUCAAAUUGAAAACUGAUAAAGGGCAAAAUUUCUGUCGUAAUGAAUAUAAUGUAAGUGGGUUAUGUACCAGACAAUCAUGUCCAUUAGCUAAUGCUCGAUAUGCUACGGUUAAAAACAUUGGAGGGAAAUUAUAUCUUUAUAUGAAGACUGCUGAACGUGCUCAUAUGCCUUCGAGAAUGUGGGAAAGAAUAAGAUUAUCUAAAAAUUAUAAUAAAGCUUUAGGACAAAUUGAUAAUUAUUUACAAUAUUGGCAAAAGUUUUUAAUUCAUAAAUGUAAACAAAGAUUAACAAGAUUAACUCAAGUAGCCAUUACAGAAAGAAGAUUGGCUUUAAGAGAUGAAGAAAGACAUUAUGUCGGUGUCAAACAUAAAGUUAAAAGAAGAGAAGAAAAUCGUGAACGUAAAGCUUUAGCAGCUGCAAAGAUUGAAAAAGCAAUUGAAAAGGAAUUAUUAGAUAGAUUAAAGAGUGGAGCUUAUGGUGAUAAACCAUUGAAUGUUGAUGAAAAUAUUUGGAAGAAAGUAUUGGGCAAAGUUGAUGAAGUUGAACAAGAGGAAGAAUUUGAUGAAGAAGAUGAUUUCGAAUUAGAAAGUGGAGAUGAAAAUGAAGAAGAAGAUGAAUCUGAUGUUGGUGAAGUUGAAUAUGUUGAAGAUGAUGGUGAUGAUGAUUUAGUUGAUUUAGAAGAUUUAGAAAGAUGGUUAGAUGAUUCUUCUGAUGAUGGAAAUAAUGAUGAUUCUGAAGACGAAGACGAUGAUGACUCUGAUGAUGAUGAAGAAAGUGGUAAGAAACGUAAAUCAACUUCAGCUACUGAUAAGAAUAAGAAGAAAAGAAGAGCAAGAGUUGAAAUCGAAUAUGAAGAAGAACCAGAUCAACUUCAAACUAAUAUCGCUAUAUAGACUAAUCCUCACCUCUCUCAUACUUGUAUAUUAGUAACAA